AUGUGCUGCGAGCAGCUCCAGAUGAGAGCAGCUUGCAGACUACUAGCACAAGCGGCACGAGCGCUGAUCGACACGUACUUCUGCGAUGUGUAUCAGACUGAAGGCUUCAAGAACUUGUCGCUACACGCAGUGAUGAAGAUUCUCCAAAAAGAGAGGUCUACGAGGGGCGACACUGCAGUCAAGAGCUGGAUGAUGCGUCAUCCCAUAGCCAAACAAAGACAAUUGUCGGAAGUAAUGCAGUUGCCCAGUAGAACGGACGCAGCGCCGAUGAAACGGACUAGUGGCAACGCUAUGGUCAACAGCAAGGAGAGACGCUCGUCCGUGUCUAUCGAUGACUCUAUGGACGUGUAUACUGCAGAUGUAUUGGCGCGCGAGAUUGAAGAUAACGCCAAGCAUCAAUUGACCCCCACAAUGUUCGUCAUUGGAGGGUUUAACAACCCUGGAGCGCUGAAUACAGUGGAGUAUCUGGACUUCCAUCGUGGCGAGUGGUACCCUGCGGCGCCAAUGGCUACAAGACGAUCGUAUAGUGGCGUCGUAGUCUCAAGUGACAACAAGAUAUUCGUCAUGGGAGGUACGAGCAGCAGUUCACAUCAUCAUAAAAGUAUGGAGAUGUAUAAUCCAGAGUCCAAUACGUGGACGUCGAUGCCGUCGAUGAAAGAUCCACGCAGUUACCUUGGAGCGACAGUGGUGGGGGAUUUUAUCUACGCCGUUGGCGGAUUUAAUGGCCAAGCGCAUUUGUCGUCAGUGGAGCGAUUCGACGUUCACACGCAGCAAUGGGAGAGCAUGCCGCCGCUCUCGACUGGACGUAGUGGGCUUGCAGUUGUCGCAUUGAACGGACUGGUGUACGCUAUUGGCGGAUAUGACGGUAGGAAGCACUUGAAGAGCGUGGAAGUGUUCGAUCCUCAGCUCAAUCAAUGGUCGACUGUGGCUAGUAUGCGUCAUGCUCGGAAUGGUCCAGCGGCGGUUGUGCAGGAACAUAGUAACAGUAUUCUGGUCUUUGGAGGGGAAUCUCGUCACGGAGCGAGGAUGAACACAAGCGAGCGAAUGGACUUAACCAGCGGCACAUGGAGUGACGCUGACGGCUUUGCAGACUGUCGUAGUGGCCAUGUGGCGGUCGGUUUUCUAAAGGAGUCGUUCGUCUUUUGCUUGGGAGGGUCCAACAAGAAAGACGAGUACUUGGACGCUGUGCAUCGGUACGAUUACUUGUCUAAACAGUGGACUUUGCACUCGCAGAUGCGAGCACAGCGUUGCGGACUGAAUGUGGCAGUGGUCAAGACGUCCAGAUAUGCAGAGUGUUUUGCAGGACAGAAGCAGAGGGAGCAUCAACUGCACAAUGCGUCAUCGUAUCUGUUGCGAAAGAAUUACCAGGAAAAUGCCUUCGCUCAGGGAGCGUAA